UGCAAAAUUUAGUUGUACACGAUCACAUGUGAAGCCACCAGGUUUCAUUUACCCUCCGUGUAACCUUACCAACUUUGCCCAGUUUAAGAUAUGGCAUCUGAGUGCUGUCUCAGUCUCACCAAAUACUUCCUCUUUCUCUUCAACUUGAUAUUCUUUCUCUUAGGAUCACUCCUCAUAUCUAUAGGACUAUGGCUACUACUUUCAGAGAACAGAGUAUUCAUGCCCUCUACUCCCGUCAUUUCCAUCCCUCUUUUGUCCUACUUGCUGAUCGGCAGUGGCUCUCUGGCCAUGUCAUUAGGCUUCUUAGGAUGUCUGGGUUCUCUGAUGACUGUCAAAUGCCUGCUGGCAACUUACUUUAUCCUGCUCACGGUUCUUCUCGCAGCUCAGAUAGUGGGUGGGGUUCUUUUCUACACCCAGAGGACUGAGUUGACUUCUUCAGUAGAAAGUCAAACUAUUCAACUAAUAAACUCAUUUGGAGGGAAUGCUUCCAGUGUCAAGAGUUUUCAAACGAUUCUAGAGUACAUUCAGCAGGAGGCCAAAUGCUGUGGUUGGAAUGGAAUAGUCGACUGGAAUGACUACAUACCCUGUUCUUGCUACAACAAAGGCAAUGCCACUGUCAAUGCGACAUCUGAAAUAAAUGAUCAUGUCAAUGAUCAAUGUAUCAAAUGUUCCUUAAAUAGUACUCAUUCAGAUUACACCUGUGGCAUUUCUUAUCAGGGUUGCAGUAAGAAUAUCAAAGUUUGGCUGGAUAAUAAUCUUUACAUAAUUGUGGUGGUCAUUUUGGCCAUUUCUGUGGUGGAGAUAUGUGGUAUGAUCCUUUCGAUGUGUCUGUAUAAAGAGGGUUCUGUGGAUUACAACACAAUUAUCUACUAAGAUGACCAGGAUCAGUGAGGGGGAAAAAAGUCAAGUAUUUGUUUUCUGUCAUUCAUAUAUUUGAUGUGUUUCUUAUGAGAUUGUUAUUUUUUGCACAGUAUUUGAUUGUUUUAUACAGAUAUUUUUUCUUCAAAAGGCAGUCACUUGUUGUUUUUCCUUGUUAUUCAGAUGCUAUGUGUUUUUUAUCUGUUUAUGAAAAAGUACAAAUAAUUUGAACCUGUUCAUAUGAUAUUUAAAGGAUAUAAAGUUUUAUUUCUUAAUUCUCAAAAUAUGUGCAUGUGACUAAGAAUGUUCUCAUUUGUUCAGUUUAGCCAGUGGGUAAGAAAAACAUUAGGGUGGGACAGUAUAAUAUUUCACCAUUGUUGUACAUACAAAGCAAAUGACCUCAAUGUUGAGGCAAUGUAUGCGAUACUGUUCUCAUAACAAAUAGCCUAUAUGUUGUUUUUAUGUAAGAUGACAAUAAGUGGUACACACUGGCUUUUAAAGAUGUUUGAAAUUAAAGUGUAUAAAUUUAAGUAAAUUGUGUAAUAAAUACACUUUGAAAAACAGGGUAAUUGUAAUAAAACCGCUGUUGCUAAAUGGAAAUAAAACAAAAAAAAUACA